CCAGAAAUAAUGAAACAAUCUCCCCCGACUAUCCCGCGCCCCUUUCCCGCCUUUUUUCUUGCACAGGCAUCUCGUGGGAUCCGCUACACGUGUCCAUCUCCCGUCCCUCCGGAAGGCCAAUCCGACGGUCCAAAUUCUUCCUUCUCCGUCUAUAUACAGAAAUCGGAAACCCAAAAAUUUUCAGGUUCCGAGACUUUCUUUUGUUUCAUCUUCUUUUAAUCUCUCGUAGAUCAAUUAGCCAUGAAAGCCGUUCUGUUGAGGACGAGCUCGAACAAGGUCCACCCGCCGGUCUGCCCGGCCGGGUCGCCGGCGGUUUCCCCCAAGGUCUCCCUCCCCCGCAAUGACUCGCUCACCGGAAUGUUCGCCUGGGACCCAAACGCCCACAACAAGAAAUCGCUCCACCUCGAGAUCGCCAGCAGCCCGCGGCGCGGCGGCGCCACCAUCACCAGGUCCAUGUCGGAGAGCGACAUGGCCCGAUCCUUCAGCGACUUCUCCUCCGCUGUCGGCGGCGGAGGAAUGAACAACAAGAAACUCCCGCAGUCCGCAUCCCGGUGCUCCCUCUCCGCCGUGGAGGAGGAGGCGAUCGCGGCGGCCAGAUCCGGGCGGAAGUUCGUGAGGAAGGACGUGUACGGGGUGGGGAUCGCCGCCGCCGGGUCGUGGGCGUCGGAGGUCGGGAUCCCGGUGGAGGAAUCCGGCGAGGCAGGGAAGAGGUUGGACGGCGGGAAUUGCAAUGGCGGGAACAACAACGGCGGCGGGUUCGGAGGAAGGGGAGAAGGCAACGGCGGUGACAAUGACAAUAAGAGAAGGAUGGCUGAGUAUUACGAGCAGAUCAUUCGAUCCAAUCCUCACGAUGCCCUCCUCUUACGCAACUACGGCAAAUUUCUAUACGAGGUCGAAGGGGACGUGAAACGAGCGGAGGAAUACUACGGGAGAGCGUUGCUGGAGAGUCCAGGCGACGGGGAAGUGUUGUCUCUGUACGCCAGGCUGAUAUGGGAGAAUUACAAAGAUCAACAAAGAGCUUUUACCUACUUCCAUCAGGCUGCUUCUGCCUCCCCUAACGAUUGUAUGGUUUUAGGAUCCUACGCACAUUUCAUGUGGGUGUCGGAAGAUGAGGAAGCAGAAGCGGCCGCAGCAGCAAACAACGUUACUGGGGAAGCUCCACCACCACCACCACCGGCGGCGACAACAACAACAAGGCCAGCCAUGGUUCCCGCCUUUUAAAACAUAGAACAAAAUACCAACUAGAAGAAACCAAACAAGUUCAUUUUACAUGGAGAGACGAGCGGCCACAUCAUUGUCGUGCUGCUGUGUGUUUGCAGUGCUGGUGUAGUUACUGUGUCAUUAAAAGGGGGCAUAAUUACAGAAACCUACUGCACAAUCUUGUGUUUUUAUCUUUCCUGUUGAUGUACAGUGUAAUUAAUUAACUAAUUACCUGACUAAUUUCUG